AUGAAUUUUGAAAAAUAUCUUGACGAGUAUGAGGAAGAUAAACCAAGAAGUGGAGCAAAAAAGAGAUUUUUUAAGGACACUGUUAAAAGCGUUAAAAAAAGAAAGCUCGACAAUAAAACGCAAUGGAUGACUUCUGAAGAAAUUGAAUUCCAAAAGGUUGAAGAAGAGAAAAGGAGAAUUAAAGAAGAAAUGGAGCAUCAUCAAAGAAUGUAUAGCCAAUAUAACUCGGUGGUUAUGAGCACUCCUAGAUCAGCAGGGUUUCAAACUCCAAAAAAAAGAGAAAUCGAGCAAGAUGUGUUUAGGCCAAAAUUCAAAGCAAGGAAAAUCCCGAAGUCAAAUAACCAGCCUAUGCUAUUUGUGAGAAGCAGUGACAGGCCUUUGACUAUUCCCCGUGAGUUUAAUUUAUCAUCACCUAUAAAUAGACAUUCACUUUGCUUCAGCCCAAAUCCUGACAAACGCACUCUCCAAGAUAUAACCCCUUUCAGCUCACUUCACAAGUCCGAAUAUACUCAUACCUUUGAUAGUCCUGGCUUUAAAGCCCGCCCAGCACCAGAUUUUUCUUCCCCUUUUACCCCUAAGAAAAUGUUCACUCCUACAAAGCAUCAAGAGUUCAACCUUAGAACAGAAAUUAGAGGAAGUGCGAAAAAGCAAGAAUUUGAAAAACAAAUAAACGAGCAGAUAUCCACUGAGGAAAACAAUCGCCAAUUUAAGGCGAGACCAUGGAGUAACAAAGUCCCAACCCCUGUGAAAUCUUCAGAAAUCCCACUUGUAUAUCCGAUGGAUAUUGAGUUAAACAGUGAUAAAAGAGCUGAACAAAGGGCUUUGUUUGAUAAAGAGCUGCUGGAAAAAGAAAAAAUAAAAAAUGAUAUAGAGAGACAGCAAGCAGAAGAAAGGAGACUAAAAGAGCAACAAGAAAUAUCUGAGCUGCGAAAAAGCAUGAUUUUCAGAGCUCAGCCUAUUCCAAAGAGCAUAUCGAAACAAUGGAAAAAUGAUGAGAAAGAAACACAUAAAAAUUGGAAAGAUGAAAACGCGGAUCCGAAUGUUUCGAGCAUGAUUUGUGAUGAGAGCACAAUUAUGGAAACUGAAGAUUCUGGUAUGGUAGAUGAAGAAAUGGUAGACGCAAUUUAA